GUUUCUGCCAUCGAUGGCAUCGCUGUAAUUGACUAUACCCCCCUCCCCACCCACCUACGCAAUCUUCGGUCCUUUUGCCUUUAGUUGAUUGGAUAAUUACUAUAACUCUUUUGUAAAAGAAAAAUAUGAAAGUAACUGCAGUGGAAAAUUUAAACCCGUCUUUCGCCGAAUCGUGAAUCAGGAAGUUUUGCAGAUUGGAUACCCAGAAUCUACAACCUUUUGAGAAAUUCUGUCAUUGCUGGUAGUGAUAGAAUAGAAAGAAAUGGGAUCUAAGAGAAAGAAGAAUCUCUCGCGAUCGCAGAGAAACAAGAAAAAUUAUGUACGUAAAUGUAGAUCAAAGAAAAAUGUAACAAGCAUUCCUGAGCAAGGGAACUUUUCAACAGGCAUCCAUAAUGCUUUGCCGAGUACAUCAGGCACUUUACAGGUCACCGAGGAACUUCACAAUGCGAGCAAUUCACAGCUGAGGCCAUACGUUGAUGACUCAUCAGAUGAGGAUAUAGAGAUAAUGAGUCCAGAACACAAGAGGCGCCUGAAUGACUGUUUGGUGAAAUUGGUGGAAAAUAUGAUUCCUGAUGAAGUGCUCAAUAUUUUAUUGGCAAAGAAAGUAUUAACAAUCUCUGAGAUGGACACAGUUAAAAGUAAGGGAAUCCGUAUGGCUAUGAAUGAAAUGCUCAUUUCUUUGGUGACCUGCAAGCCAGAUAAAGCAUUUAGUGUACUUGUAGAGGCCCUGAAGAGAUCUGAGCAAAAGAAUUUGGCCAAGUUACUGACAUCUACCGAGUAUCGAAAACGGAAACCAGCGUUUGAAGGAAACAAAGAUGUCACUGAGGAUCGGAAGGCCGUACAGAAGUCACCUAUUUCAGCUAAGGUGAAAGAAAGGAUUACACCUCAAAUUAUCCAACCCACAGGCAUAAAGAUAUUGAAGCAAAAGAACAGUUUGCAAACAUUCAUCCAGAUCUGUGAAAAAAUGUCAGAUCAACCAAAGGAAAUUCCAGGCAGUCAACUGACAAAACAGAACCUGCGAAAAUCCAAAUCUGAUCCAUUGCCAAGCAUGUCAGGCUGUAAAGUGCCAUUUGAGAAAAGCAGUAAGAAAUUCCCCAAUAAGAAUAUUUCUCAGUUGGCAUCAGUUGUUGAUGAAUCGACAGACAGCAAUUCUGAAAAGAUGAUGAGUGAAGAACAUAAGAAAUUGGUGAAGGACAACCGUGUGAAGUUAGUGCAGAAUAUGAUCGCGAAUGACGUAUUGGAUCAUUUGUUGCAGAAGGAUGUAUUAACAAUGUCUGAAAAGGACCGAAUCAAAGCUGAAGGAGCAUCUAUGAAUGAAAAACUCAUUGAUACAAUCAUGUGCAAACAAGAUAAGGCUUUCUUUGUGUUUGUAGAUGCCCUGAAGAACACUGGUCAACCUCAUUUGGCUGAUUUGCUGUCACCUGCAAAAAAGCGAAAACCAGCAUCCGGUAGAGAAAAUGCCAAUGCAAAAAGAAUGGUGAUACAGUCUAACCAAAGCAGUAUCCUGCCUAAAACAGUCACUCCGACCAGCGUGAAAGUGGAGCUGCAGAGUGAAGGAGAGAUAUACAAUGCUGGAUCAAAGAAUAUUCUAAUCAACGAGCCAAGGGAAGAUAAUCCUUUAAUAAGCAAAUAUGAUCAAUUGCCGAGUACAUCGGCCUAUGUAGAGGCGUCUGCGGAAAGCAUUGAGAGCCUUCCCAAUGAAGCUUUUUCUCAGACGGGAUCAGUUGAUGAAUCGACAGACGGCGAAGACAGCGAUUCUGUGAAGAUGAUGAGUGAAGAACAUAAGAAAUUGGUGAAGGACAACCGUGUAAAGUUAGUGCAGAAUAUGAUCGCGAAUGACGUAUUGGAUCAUUUGUUGCAGAAGGAUGUAUUAACAAUGUCUGAAAAGGACCGAAUCAAAGCUGAAGGAGCAUCUAUGAAUAAAAAACUCAUUGAUACAAUCAUGUGCAAACAAGAUAAGGCUUUCUUUGUGUUUGUAGAUGCCCUGAAGAACACUGGUCAACCUCAUUUGGCUGAUUUGCUGUCACCUGCAAAAAAGCGAAAACCAGGUACACGAUGCUGCCGUUACCUACCCCAGAAACGCGCGGGCCCACGCAGAGUUGGCACAUUGAAAGGAGAAUAUUCCAUUUUCGAAGGAGAAUCUCUACAUACCUUCAGAGUCGAAAGCGGUCAAGAAGGUCAGACGUUAUCCAUUAAGGUCCUCAAAAAAGCUGAGUACUUAAUGUGAUGGUGACACGGGUGGCAAUGCUGGAGCAUCGCUAUAACAGGGUUUUAAUCAAAAAUCAAAUUUACUCCAUUAUAUUCUUUUAUUUGCUUCUGUAAUUUAACUGUGGCCAUGCUAGAGCACCCCUUUAGUAGAA